UUUUUUUUUUUUUCUUCUCUUUAUCUUUGUAAAAUUAAAAAAAAAAAAUUAUCAUGAAAGUAUAUACCUUUUUCCUUUUAUUCAAUCUGGUAUCAUUUAGCUGUGGUUUACCAAUAUUCUCAAGCACAACAUCUCCAGCAGCAGUUAUCCCUACUACUGCUGUCAGUAAUAUACCAACACAAACAAUAGACGUUAGCGUAGAUGACGGUAAAUGUCCACAGUCAGAGUACGGUAUCCCAGUAGAAAGAUUUGCACAGCUUGUAUCAACACAUUGGCAGUUUGAUCAUCUAGAGUCGAUAAAGUCAGGAACUUAUAAGAUCAUAUCCGAACAAUUUCAAGAGCAUAUCCAAAUCGGCAUCGAACCCACCAAAGAAUCAGAACCAGUCCUUCAACAGCAGAAUCAACGACAAAAAUCAUUUAAUACAAUUAGUGGAUCAUCUUGGGAUAUGAUGAUGGAUUUAGAGAUAUUGCAUGCACAGAUAUUUGGUGCAAUUCAAGCACAUACUGAGGGAAGUUUACAUAUCGCAUGGGAUCGAUUAUCCGAUAAAUUAGGGCAGCCUGCAUUUGGACAGUUUAUUCGAAAUGUUGCAUUAAAUUAUUGUACAUUCGAUCAAGAACAAGGGUUACUCAGCUCUACUUGUUUGAAAGAAAAGGCAUCGACAUUGUCUAUGGAAUUAGAUGAAUAUAUUAAUUUAAAUUUAAAUGCAGUAUUUACCGCCCUGGAAAAUGAUAUCUUGCCAAAUCUAUUAUCAAACACAAGUAAAGAUUUAUCCGACGUACUGGCUUAUUUCAAUCGCUUGUUCUUGAUGAAGGAUAAUCAACAUCUUUACUUGCAAGUCGCUCCUUUUACGGGACAAUCUGAUUUAAAGUUAAAAUUACUGCCAUUGUUGAACACAUCCGUAUUAAAUGAUGAUCACCUCACAGAUUUUUUUGAAAGUUAUGCUUGUCUUUCAAGGGCUUAGCUCUUUUUGAUAUAAAUAAUAAAAAGUGCUUGUUAUGUGCAUAAACAUCUUCUUUUACUAUUUAUUUUCUUUUUGUAUAUGUAUACAUAUAUAUAAUGACCCCAAUGCCAUGCAAUGUCCCUCUAAAUAUCUUGUAUCUGAACCUCCUUUUUCUUCUUGUUUCUUAAGUCCCUUGCCUACUUGAGAUAUCCUCACUAUUUAUAGAAUUGUAUGUGUUACGCUACACGGUCUAUUAUAAAGAAAAAAAUAAAAAAUAGCAAAGCCUGCCCCUUUUGUAUCUCCUUACAGCAGUCGAUCUCCUUUUGUUCGGUACAGGCGGCUGGUAAAUUCUUGCUCAUUUUUUUUUUUAAAAAAAAAAGAUUAAUAAAUAUCGCCUAACAAAAAAAAUGGCACUAGCAG